UAAAGACCCGAGUGCGUCGCGCAUGCUGAAUAUCACAGACUGAACAGGAUCACAACAACAUCACAGACAUUAUAGACAUGGCUCUCGAUAUUGGUACCUGGGAUCUUGCAUGCAAGUUUAACAACACAGACCACCACACAGAGUUAAACGGCACGGAUCGACUGAUCGUGAGAAGAGGGCAGCCCUUUACCAUCAACCUGUACCUCAACUCGGGAUCUUACCAGCCUGGAGUCAGUCAGCUUCACAUUAAGGCAGAGACAGGCCCACAGCCCGUAGAGCAGUACGGCACCAGGGCCGUCUUCAACCUAAGCGAUGAGAUCGACAACACAUGUUGGAGUGCAGCGGUCACCAGUCCGCCUGGAGACACCGUUUGCCUUUCUGUGUGUGCGGCCCCUGACGCGCCCAUCGGCCGCUACAUCCUCACUCUAGAUGCUCGCUUUCAAUUAGAUUUCAUUCUGUUGUUCAACCCCUGGUGUACCGGAGAUGUAGUGUAUAUGGACAGCAAGGAAAAACUGGCGGAGUAUGUUUUGGCUCAGGAUGGUAUCAUCUUCAGGGGCAAUGUAGAUUAUCCCACACCGCUGGCCUGGGACUUUGGACAGUUUGAGGAAGGCAUACUGGACGCUUGUUUGAGAAUCUUGGACAUGAAUCCUAAACACAAGAGAAACCCUGGGAAGGACUGUUCUGGACGCAGAAACGUCAUUUACGUCACACGAGUGCUCAGUGCUAUGAUAAACAGCAAUGACAGAGACAGUGGUGUCCUGGAGGGAUGCUGGAACGACACGUUUGAUGGUGGGGUGAGUCCCAUGUCGUGGAGGGGUAGUGUUGACAUUCUGAAGACAUGGGACAGCGCGGCCUGCGCGGCUGUGCGCUAUGGUCAGUGUUGGGUGUUUGCAGCUGUUGCCUGCACAGUGUCUCGUGCUCUGGGGAUUCCAUGCAGAGUCGUAACAAACUACCUUUCUGCCCACGAUACCAACAGCAAUCUCCUGAUCGAGCAUUAUGUCAAUGAGAAAGGUGAACCGGAUGGCACAAGCAGAGAUAUGAUAUGGAACUACCACUGCUGGGUGGAGAGCUGGAUGACCCGACCUAAACUUCCUAAGGGCUUUGACGGCUGGCAAGCGAGUGACCCGACGCCACAGGAGAAGAGUGAAGGGGUGUACUGUUGCGGACCGGUUCCCGUGCGGGCGAUAAAGGAGGGUGAACUCACCAUGAAGUACGACGCUCCAUUUGUGUUCGCCGAGGUGAACGCAGAUUUAGUGUACUUCCUGAAGUAUAAAGAUGGCAGCACAAGCAAAAUCGUGAAUGACCGAAAGGUUGGCCAGAAGAUUAGCACCAAGAGCGUGGGCCGGGACGAGAGAGAGGACAUCACACACCUGUACAAAUAUCCAGAUGGUUCUGCGGAGGAGAGAGCGGUCUUUGAGAAAGCCAACCACCAGAACAAGUUACUGCAGCAGCAGCAGCCAAACCCCGGGCUGCACAUCACCAUCAAGCUGUCUGCGGACAUCAGGAAAGGCUGCGACUUUGACGUGUUCGCCAUAGUGACAAAUAAAACGCAGGAGGAAAAGAAGUGUCGUCUGGUGUUUGCGUCGCGGGUCCUGUCUUAUAAUGGAGUCACUGGGAGUGAGUGCGGCUUCAAAGAUCUGCUCAAUGUCGAACUCGCACCUGGAGCAGAGAGGAAGGUCCCACUCAGGUUGAACUACAGCAAAUAUUGUAACAAUCUAACAGAGGACAACCUGAUUCGUUUGGGUGCUCUACUGAUAGAUUACAGCACCAGGGAACCAGUCAUGGCCAUGCGUGACAUUGUGCUGGACAACCCUGAUAUCAAAAUCAGGAUUCUUGGAGAACCCAAAGAGAACCGUAAGCUGGCAGCAGAACUCACCAUACAGAACCCGCUGCCAGAUCCCUUACAAGGCUGUUGUUUCACAAUAGAGGGAGCCAAUCUCACAGGCGGUCGUAGUGUUACUGAGAGACUGGAUUGCAGCAUUGAGCCCGGGACGGAGGCCAAAGUUAAAAUCUACUUUACUCCCACGCAGAGCGGCCUGCGCAAACUUCUGGUGGAUUUUGACAGUGACAAGCUGGGUCACGUUAGAGGAUACAAGAAUGUCAUCAUCGGAAAAUAAGAUCAUUCAUUGCUGUGCUAGAGAUUCAUCUUUUUAUUUUACAUUUACUUAUCAGUAUUGUCAGUGUAUAACUAUAUAUUUUUUAUUAGCAUACUGUAGAAAGCUUUCAUGUAGCUCAGUGGUAAGAGCAUUGCAUUAACAACGCAAGGUUGUGGGUUCGAUCCCAGGGGAUUGCAGAUACAUACGUAUGAAUGUAUAGGAUGAUGCAAUGAAAGUCGCUUUGGAUAAAAGUGUCUUCCAAAUGCAUAAUUGUAAUAUGUCAAUCUAGCAUACAACGGAGAACAGCAUGCAAUGAUUAUUAUCAAUAUAUCUUUUUUAUAUACCAUUUUUUGUUAUAAUGUGAAAACUUAAGGCUUCUUUAUUAGUAUAUUGUAGUAUGUAGAACACCAUGCAAUGAUUAUUAUCAAUAUAUAUUUUCUAUACAAUAUUUUUGUAAGAAAGUGAAAGUUAAGGCUUCUUUAUUAGUAUAUUGUAGUAUAUAAUGGAGAAAACCAUGCAAUGAUUAUUAUCAAUGCAUCUUGUAUUUGUACAACACUGAAUUGAUUCCUACAACAUGCAACAUUUCUGGUUUUGUUUGCUUUAAGAUGUGUAAAGCACAAAGAAAGCGGCAGAUUAUGAAAACAAUCACACUACAAUGAAAAAGACAAUAAGAACAUAAGAAAACUCAACAACAAUGUGACUUUGGAUGAAAGACGUCAAAUGUUUGCUUCAUGUAUCUUUGUAUUCAUCAAUGUGUUUCUUUUUCAUCAGUCUAUGUAACAGUCAAUUUUUACUCAAUGUAUGAUGGAUAAAAUCAAGCCUCACCCUUGAAAAUGUUCAAAAUAUUUUGAUUAACGUUUCACUGUAAAAUGUUGAAUUGUGGAAAGAAAAUGUGUUGCAUUUGAAAUUUGAUACUGACAUUAAACCUGCUCCAUCUUUCAUAUAAAGACAAAA